GAGAGAAGAAGAGCCAUGCUUGGAGAAGUGGUACACAUGCAAGUCUGAGCACCUGCCUGUGUGGAAAACAACAAACCUGAGACACAGCAGAUGGAGAAGCCGUGUACAGAGGGAAGACAUGAAGAUGGAGAUGAGGAGGAAGAAUUCCCACAUCCCAUCCCAUGGCAAAAGAUCGAGGCGCAGGAGCUGGACUGUGACUACGGCUUACUUUUCUCCAAAGAGGAAGCAAGCAGGCUUUUCAUGCAGCUAGAGGAAGAGGUGGAGUACUUUACAGGCGAAGAAGCGAAGCUGAAGGUGUACGGGAAGAUGUACAGCGUUCCCCGGAAGCAGGCGACAUACGGGGAAGAGGGUCUGCUCUAUUCUUUUUCUGGAGUGCAUCUUGCAGCCAGACUCUGGACACCGACCCUCCAGUAUAUCCGUGACGCCGUCACCAACGCCACAGGAUACACCUUCAACUUUGUCCUGAUAAACAGGUAUAAAGACGGUCAGGAUCACAUCGGGGAGCACAGGGACGACGAGCGUGAACUGGACCCUUCGUGCCCCAUCGCCGCCGUGUCUCUCGGAGCCGUACGCGACUUGGUGUUCAGGCAUCGAGACGCUCGCAAGGAGCCGAGGAAACAUCAUAUAGAGCCUGUCAAGUUGGAACUGGCCCAUGGGAGCCUUCUUCUCAUGAACUCUCCCACUAACACCUACUGGUAUCACAGCCUCCCAGUGCGGAAGAGGGUGAAGACGCCGCGCAUCAGUCUCACCUUCCGACGCAUUAUUAAGGGUCGCCAGAAAAGGAAAAAGGAGUGACUUUACUGUAAAAUAGGACAGUUUCUGUAAAUAUGUUCAUUUGUUGAACUCGUGAUUGAAGAGGUCUUUCAGAUAACACACCACAAAGUUCAGCUAGAUUAAUGUCUGGUUAACUAAACAAGGUGUGUGUGUAAAUUAACGCACCUGACAGAGGGCACUGGAAACGUUACACCAAAUAUAAAUUACGGUUUAUAUCAUGA